AUGAAGAAUUGUAUUGUUUGCUCAAAAGUUGGGCAAUAUCCAUUAAAUCUUGUAAAAUGUUAUGAAUGUAAAUCUUAUUAUCAUAAAUUUUGUUUACAAUCAACCAAAAUCCCAAGAGGGGAAUGGUAUUGCAGUUCUUGUGAGAUUGAGAGAAAGAAUAAAAAGAACAAAAAAAGAAAAUUGGAUGGAGCAGGUAAAAAGAAUAAAAAAAAUAACAAAGAUGAUGAUGAUGAUAAUGAUGAUGAUGAUGAUGAAGGUGAAAAUGAUGAAGAUGAUGAAGAUCACCAAGACGAAGAUAGUGGUGAGGAAGAGGACGAAGAAGAAGAUGAAGAAGAAGAAGAUGAUGAUGAUGAAGAAGAAGAGGAAGGCAAUGAAAAAAAUAAAAUCAAGAAAAGAAAAAGAAUACCAAUAAAUCAAUCACCAUCAAUUAAAAAAAGAACUAAAGAUAUUGAUUCUGAAGAAGAAGAAGAAGAGGAGGAGGAAGAAGAAGAAAAUGAUUCAGAGGAGGAAAGAAGAAUACAAAAACGAAAAAACAAAAUUAAACAACAACAACAAUUAAAAAUGAAAGAGAAAAAACAAAGAGAAAAGUUAAGAAAAAGAAGAAGAAGAACAAGAAGUAGUAGAAAAGAUGAUAACGAUCAAGAUGAUGACGAUGACGACGACGAUAAUAAUAGUAAUAAUAGCGAUGACAACGAUCAAGAUGAAAAUAAAAACAAACAAAAAAGAAAGAGAAGAAAAGAUAAAAAAAAAGAUGACGACGAUGAUGAUGAUCAAGAGGAAGAAGAGGAGGAAGAAGAAGAAAUAGUUACAGGUAAAAGAAAAAGGAGAAGUUUAAAUAAAGUUCAACCAAAUCAACAUUUAAAUAAUGAAAAUGAGGAAGACAAUGAAGAAGAGGAAGAAGAGGAGGAAGAAGAAGAAGAAGAAGAAGAAACAGAUUCUAGUGAAGAAUUUUUAGAGAAUUUAGUAUGUAGUAGUUGUAAUACUGGUAAAGACGAGGAUAAGAUUCUCUUAUGUGAUACAGAUAAUUGUUCAAGAGGUUAUCAUAUGUAUUGUUUACGUUAUCCAAUUACAUCGGUACCAAAAGGCGAUUGGAUUUGUGACUUUUGUAGAUUCGGUGAUAUAUCAGCUGAUUUACACUCUGCAGACGACGACGAGGAUGGUGCGAUCAACUCUCAAAAAGAAAUUGAAAAACAAAAACAAAAACAAAAAGAAAAAGAAAAAGAAAGAGAAAGGGAAAGGGAAAGAGAAAAAGAAAAAGAAAAAGAAAGAGAGAGAGAAAGAGAAAGACGAGAAAAAGAGAAAAAAGAUGCAUUAAGAUCAUCAUUUAGUAAUAUACCAAUUCCAAAAAUUAAUAACAUUAAUGGUAGUAACGGUAGUAAUAGUAAUAAUAAUAAUAAUAGUAAUAAUAAUGGUAGUGGUGUAAAUAGACAAUCACCACCAAAGGUUAUUUCUAAAAAAUCACCACAACAAUCACCUAAACCAUUGAAAUCACCAACAUCAUCAUCAUCAUCAACAACAUCAUCACCACCACCAUUACAUCAACAAUCAAAAGUAACAUCAAAAAUAUCUCCUAAUAGUCAACAAAGUAUACCAACAAUAAAUAGUAAUAUUAAUAAAUCACCACCAUCUCAAUCUAAAAAUUCACCACCACUAAAACCAUUAACACCAGAUUUAAAGAAACAAAUCCCAAUUACUAAUAUAACUACUUCAAGCACCACAACCACUGCAACGACAACGACAACAACAACAACCACAGCUAAUACAUCAAAUGUAGCAACUACAACUACACUCUUAAAACCAAGUUCACAAAAGAAACCCACUAUUCUUAGUGAUAAAAAACAAUUGAAUACUAGUGGAACCAAUUUACCAAUGAAUGGUAAAAAGAAAGAGGAUUUAGAAUCAUCAGCAUCUCAUUCAAUUUUAGAUAUGAUACCUCCAAAUAAUAAAUUAUUUAAUAAUUCAAUUCAAUCUGCCCCAAUCUCUUGGGACUUAAGUGGUUCUCAACAUAAAUUAUCAACAUCUUCCUCCUCUUUACCAAAUAGUAAUAAUAACAAUAACAAUAAUAAUAAUAAUAAUAAUAAUAAUAAUAAUAAUAAUAAUAAUAAUAAUAAUAAUAAUAAUAAUAAUAAUAAUAAUAUAAAACUACAACAACAAUUACAGCAACAACAACAACAAUUACAUCAACAACUACAACAACAGCAACUACAGCAACAACAACAGCAAUUACAUCAACAACUACAACAACAAAAAUUAAAACAAAAACAAAUUGAAGAAGAACAAGAGAAAGAAAGAGAACAAAAAAGAUUAGAAAAUGAACAAAAACUACUCUUACAGCAGCAACAACAACAACAACAACAACAACAACAACAACAACAACAACAACAACAACAACAACAACAACAACAACAACAACAACAACAAGAAUUUAUUGAUCAAAAAGAACUAGAGGAUAAACUACUUUCACAAUUUGAUAAUCAAAAUUUAAAAUCACCACUAUCAUUAACAUCAACAACAUCAUCAACAUUAUCACAUUUACCACAAUCAACAUUUGAAUCAUCAACAAUACUAUCAAAUAAAACUAUUAAACAAAAAUGGAAGAGUAGAAUUUUAUUUGAAACUGAUCAAAUUUGUCAAUGUGAAAUCAUUCAAAUCUAUGGAAUGGAUUUCAAGGUGAAUCCAUUUCAAAAUAAUAUUACCUCUAAAACUUUGGAAUUAUCAUUUAAUCAAGUUUCAUUUGAUAAUUUACCAAAACCAAUUAGAGAUGAAUUUAUCACAAAAUCAUCAACACCUUCAACUUGUUUAGAUAUUGGUGCCAUCGAUUUACCAAAUUCUGCCUUAUUGAUUUUCUUACCUGAAAUACCAAAUCAGUCAUCACUAUAUCAUCUAAUAAUUCAUUUUAUAGAGAAUAGAGUAGCUGGUUUCAUUGAUCUAUCAAAUGAUUUAUCAUUGUACAUAUACCCAUACCAAACUUCAAUCAUUAGUUUAGAUCUAAUUGGUAUUUUAAUUGAUAAAAAAUCAUUAUCACCACCUUCUUUGAUAUUAAAUCAACAACAAAAACAACAAAAACAACAACAACAAGAACAAGAACAACAGAAUCAAUCAUUUGAUAUUAAAAAUAUUUGCUAUAUUGGUAUUAAUCAUAUUAGUAUGAAUAAAAUUUUAACAUCACAAGGUAAAAAUUAUUUUUCCUUUUCAAAUUUUAAUGAAUUAACCUUAUCUAGUGAUAUCAAGAAUUUUGAUUUAGUAGUUGUAGAUAAUAAAAUGGUUAAUAAUCAAACAAUUAAUAAGGAAAUUAAUAAUCUAAUGCAAUUACAACCAACCACCAAUAAUAAUAAUAAUAAUAAUGACAUUAAUAAUAACCAUGAUACACUAUUACUAGUCAUAAAGGAUGUAGAAUUUUCAAAAUGGUUAGUUUCUCAAAAAAAAUUUCCAAAUAGCUUAGAAAUUCAAAAGAUCUUUCAACAACAAAUACUAUUUAAACAAUCACGUUGUAUAUUUUUAUUGGAUAAUAGUAUUAUCAUUGAAAAUGAAUCUUCUUAUUUUGUAGAGUUUAUUUCAUCGUUUGGAAAAUUUAAAAAUAAUAAUAAUAAUAAUAAUAAUAAUAAUAAUAAUAAUAAUAAUAAUAAUAAUAAUAAUAAUAAUAAUAAUAACAAUAAUAAUAAUAAUAAUAAUAAUAAUAAUAAUAAUAAUAAUAAUAAUAAUAAUAAUAAUAAUAAUAAUAAUAAUAAUAGUAGUAAUGAUUGGACAAUUAAAAUUUCGUCAACAAUAUUUGACGAAUUAUUACCAUUUGGUCAUCAAAGUAAUGUAAAAAAGAAAAUUGAUGAGAUUAAAAGAGGUAUUAAUCAACAAUUAAUAGUAUCAUACGAUUUUUCUCCAAUGGUUCCAAAACAAUCUUCUGAUUUCUUAUUGUUGGCCUUAAGAAUAGCUCACUCAAAAAAAUAUAAACAGGUGUUUUUAAUAACUUCAAACAAAAUCAUUCAAAAUCAAUCAAAAAGAUAUUCUAAUUUAAAUUUAAAUUGUUUAUCAUUAGAAGGUGGAAUUGAUUAUAUUAAAAAUAUAAACAAUAAAUUUAGUUUAAAAAUCUAG